CACCAUGGCUUCAACCCGCCGUAAUGGGCAGCUGUCAUCCUGCGAGCCUUGUCGCAAAUCCAAGCUCCGAUGCGAUCAUUCAAGUCCGAUCUGUACCCGAUGCGUUCGUCGGGGUAAAUCAGACAGCUGCGUUUACCACCCCGCGCCACUGACGAGACCGCGCAACUUGAGGAGAUCUCACAAAGGGGGAAGAACAGGCUCCAAAGUCUCCGUGAGAUCCUUUAACUAUGAGUACGACUGGGUGAACUUGGCGCCUUCUGCCGCUGUCCAUCGGGUUGGACCCGACCGACCGAACGGGGCCAAGCGCUCAUUGUCAAACCCAGGUUUUUUGGGCCUUACAAGCUAUUCUGGAGUUUUCCCGGAGCACGCAGGUCUGAUAGAACCUAGCAUUGGCCAACCUACAGAUCUUCUCACACAGGAUCAGACUCUUUCUGCAUUAGCCACUACUUUGGUAGGCUCUAGACAGCUUGAACUGGGCGCCCAGGUCCUCUCAUUGUUAGACCACCUUUCCCUCUAUGAAGAAAUUCUUGAAAAACGAUUUGCCGUGUUCGAGGGGUGGAUUAUUGGUCCUCCAAUAGUGCGAAAUAUUAUUAAGUCUCUCAGAGAUUUGUCUGAAAACAGAGCCCGGGGACCAGGCGACGGAGAAUCCGGCUUGUUGGGGCUCUCAAAAAUACUGUUCAAGAACACGGCAGCACCUAUUGAGACCAAUCCAACAAUGAUGGCCCCGGAUUACGUGUCUGUUGCAGCCCCACGGUGGGAUACAAUAUCAUUUCUUUUGUCAGCAAUGGGCACGGCGACUUACCAGAUUCCCCAGGAUGACAAGCUCCUCCAACAGGACACCCUCCCUGGUGGAGACAGAGAAGGACUACGGAGGUUGGCCGUUGCAGCAAGUGACGUCUGCUUGCAGUUUUGUGACAGCCUAGGCAUUAUCUCUGAUCCUAUGUGUUGGGCAACUAUUCAACAGACUGCUUUCUAUUCCCACAUGCAUGGGUCGGGUGAUUACCGAACAUGGAAAAAGCUAGGUGACAUAACAACGAUUGUCUUUGCACUUGGCCUGCACCAGUCCGAGGUGGAUGAAAACGCCCCGUUCUUCUUGGCUGAAAUCCGCAAGCGAGCCAUGGCGGGUGCUUACAUUUUUGACAAAGAGAUUGCGACCUUUUUAGGCCGGCCUCCUCGGAUACUCUGGCGGCAUUGUAAUAUACAAUAUCCUCUGGACCUCAGCUAUGACGAAGUCGUGGCUGAGCCUACGGUCCGAAAUGCUAUAAUACAAAAGUUAGACUCGAAUGGGUGGAACAUAGAGGGAAGCCGGGAUAAAGGAGCGCUACCACGGAUCUUGCUAAUGCUGGCUCCAGUUCGGGAGGAAAUUCUAGAGUUAUCACUUAACUACGAGGUCGAUGGCUUAGAAGGCAGGGUUCAAAAGCUUAGCGAGGAAUCAAGCCUGAUGCGACAGAAGUUGCCAUCCUUCCUGAACUGGGAUCCAGAUAAGGGAGACAUGACCCUUCUCUCGGUGCAUUUAGAAUUUCUGUAUCAAGACCUCCUCCUCUUCAAGACCUUAUUUAAGCGGACAGGGAAAGGAGAAGAGUAUCUUGUCAAGACAUCCUCCGAAAUCCUCACUGUUCUUCUUGACAUGGUCUCACGGUUGGCCCGUUCUGGAAAAGUAGUUUCCUCCCUGAUCUGGGAAUUAUGUUACAUCGGUGUUCCCGCGGCUGGUGUGCUGUCCAGUCAAUUACUACGUCGGUCUCGAUUACAACCAUCGCAACCCACUUCUCUACUAUCAAGCGCCCAGUUUCCCCGGUCGGAGAUUAUUCAAAACCUGAGCGUAUUUGCGGCGCAUCUUGGAGGUCUUCUCUGGCAAGAGAAUGGAAAUUAUGAAGUAUACAAGAAAGGACAAAUGGCUAUUAGAGAUGUACUUGACAGAGUGCUAUCCGAUGACCCAGCCAGGGCGUCGACUGAUGCUGGCGUUUCGCCGGACCUUGAAGUAGACUUCAUGGAAUUCUGGGACAGCUUCGAUUGGGAGCAGGAGAUUAGAUUCAGCUUCAGUUAA